AUGGCUUUCGAUGUCCCGGAUGGAUCGCUGGAACAGAUCAUCACCAUUUUCCCAAACAUCGGCGCUAAAAGCUGUCUCACUGUUAUGUGUACUGUUACUGGCUCUGCGCCUAAACAAGGGCAAGGAGUUUGUUGUGAUGUUCAGGAUGUGAGAGAAGCAAGUGCUGGAAGAAAUGCAUAUAAACUGUUUCGAAAAAAAACCGCGGAGAAUACCAUAGAUGUGAAUAGAGACUGUAGUUAUUUAUUGAAAAGAGUGAAGGAGGAUCCGAUCUCCACUCUCCCAUCCUCCUACGAUGUCGCAUCCCGGAUCGCUUUGGAUAAUCUUGAUUGGGGAGGAGCGCCAAGAUUUUCAAAUACCCUUUUCUUUCAUGGCAACGCUGUUGGUAUUCGUAUUUUCGGUCUAACAUUUAAUCUAGAUGAAAUUUUACAGGAUUUAAUCACAGAUAGCAAUCACGGCGCUGCCAACCGGGCUGCCUUCUUGUCUGGAACUUGCUUCCCAAAUGGCGUAACUGGUUGGAGUAAACAAGCAGAGGAGUUGCUAAAGAGAGUAUUCCACGAUGGACCGAAGUGUGGUGUAUGUGGAGAGGACGGGCAUGAAAACACGGGCGGGGACAUCGUCUGCCCAGGAAGGGUACCCGGGGUGUUGAGCCCGUCGCGCAUAUAG